AUGUCCCCAUUUUCACGAGGGAAUCUUUCUGCCUAUAUGGGUGUCAGCAGUGGUGGCCAGGGACUGUAUUUUGAGCCGCCGCCCGCCUAUGAAGAUAUCGUUCAGCAGCCGGCCACACCUUCGACCCCACCAAGUCGUCCAGACGCCCUUCCUUCGCCUCCCGCGCUGCCGCCCCGCGGGCCUCGAGCAGCGGUACAACGAUGUUUCUCGCCGACGCUGACGGGCGAUGGAUACGUGACCGAGAAGAAGAAGGAACCGGAGCAGCCGAGUACUCCUCAAGACCCGGUAGCAGCACAACAAACAGCCGUUUUACGCAAAAUUGAGCAGCAACAGGAACGAUCAAGCAAUGAGGAAGACUGCGAUACCCCUUCUUCAAGCACUUCCGGUAUCAUGGAACGCCAGUGCUCAGGCUGGGGCGAGAGAAUCGGUGGGAAGUUCGAGCGGUUGGGGCAGCAUAUAGAAUCCCAAUCGGAAAAAGCUGGCGAGACGAUUGAGCAGGGAGCGCAGAAGCUGACCGAACAAUUUGAAAGACUGCUGAACGGGCGCGGUACGGCUGUCGACAAGAAUAUGCCUUGGUUUGAGAAGCGGAUGGACAUGAUGGAUCUGAAGAUGCGGCACAAGCAGGAGAAGCACAGCAUCAAGACACGGUGGCUCGAGGAGAAGCGGAAGCACCAUGAAAAGUGGGAAGAGUUUCGGGUCCGGAAAGAAGCCAUGGAAAAAGAGGAGAAGCGGCUUAAGGAAGAGCUCCGAGAAUCCAAGAAGAAAGAAUGCGACGAAUGGAAAGAGUUUGAAAAGCGAAAGGAGGCGGAAUGGAAGGACAAAAUGAAGGACUGGAAAGCUGGCCUUAAAGGCUCCCUUGAUGCCAAGUUCAAGCAGCACUGGAUGGAGAUGUUCAAAUGGCAUCGAGAACAUCCGGAUGCUGGAGAUGGAGAGGGGAACCGGUUGUCGGAUGACGAGGAGAUGCAGCAGAUUGAAGACCAACCCCCGACCCCAGCCGGCACUCCAACAACCCCAAAACGGAGCUCGACGGACAAA